AUGGAGGUCCUACUCCAGGUGGGCCAUUCCGCAAACGGAAGCAGUUCUACGCUUGAUCAUCAGAUCAAGAUUUAUAGUUCGCUUACCAUCAGUAUCAUUUUUGAGCUCAGACUUCAGCAAGGCGUCAGUCCUCGCUCUCAUCUUCCAUCCAUUUUCGAAAACUUCCAGAGUGACAGUGUUGCCUGGGCGCUCAGUGACGCGCCCGGCCAGGUCCAAUGUGUCGUAGAUUGGCCUGGUUCAAAGGGUAAAACAUACAUGAAGACGCCCACUGUACUGAAAUAUGAUGAUACUGGUAGAUUCAAAUGGGGCUACGAGCUGGACACUUGCCUGGAGGAGAAAAUUAUGGGGAUUAAGUUGCUCCUCGACCCGGACCAUCAGAGACCUCUUUUCGAUACCAAGGGUGCUACUGCAACUCAAAGCGAACUUCAAAAGCUGGGAAAACCGCUUCAAGAGGUUUUAUCGGACUACAUCUCCGCCAUAUACCAACACUCUCUGGCCGCUAUUUCAGCGAAGUUCCCAAAAGGCUACAUAUUGACUUCGAUAGAGAAGCAGUUGGUGUUGUCUGUCCCUGCUGUCUGGUCUGACAAGGCCAAAGAUAUCACUCUCCGGGCUGCUCGCAAUGCGGGUCUCAAUCCAAUUGAGCUCAUAAAGGAACCAGAGGCUGCUGCCUUAUUCACCCUGAAUUAUAUGAACCAGCGAGGACUAGAUAAAGGUGACGCCAUCACUAUUUGUGAUGCGGGUGGCGGCACAGUUGACCUUGUUUCAUACGAGAUUCUAAACAUCAAUCCCCUGGAGUUGAAGGAAGUGGCCAGCCCAACAGGUGGUAUUGCGGGCUCCCUGAUCAUCAAUAACAGAUUCGAAGAGUGGGUUAAAAGUAAGGUUGGGGAACGCAAGUAUAUCGACCUGAAACAAACAAAUGGAUAUCGCAAGGCCAUGAAUGAUUUCAAUGAUACUGUCAAACCUGGCUUCCAUUCAAAGGAUGAUCCGGAGCAGCACAUUUGCUUUCCGCUGGCGGACUUCAAACCAGACCCCAGCGACAAGUCCAUUCAAGGAGACACACUUAUUCUGUCAGGCAAUGACCUGUACCGUAUCUUCGAGCCAGUAUAUAGUGAGGUGAAGAGACUCGUAAACGAGCAAAUACAAGCCGUCAAACUCAGGCGCUUACAAGAUCAACACCCCAAAGGAAAAGACAUCAAAGCCAUAUUCCUUGUUGGGGGGCUUGGAUCAAAUACAUGUAUCAAAGAGUUGCUUACCACAACCUAUCCUGAUAUUCAAGUUAUUCAACCGAAUGACGCAUGGGCGGCAAUUGCCAAAGGGGCCGUGAUGAGCAAGCUUCCACAAGGACCUCAAAAUAAACCACCUGAUGUGGUGACCACAGCCGAGAAGAGCUAUGGCGUUUCAGCCGCCAUGAUAUACGAUGAAGUGCGUGAUGAAGGUCGGGAGAAAAUGUGGGAUCAAUGGGAAGAGAAGGACAGGUGCGCGGUUAUGAAUUGGUAUAUCUACAAGUAUGAUAGCUUGAGGCGCGAUCGGAAGUUGGAGUUUCCAUUCUAUCAUCAAUUACCGGCUAAUCCACAACCGGCUGACUUUUCCGCCUCAUAUGAACUGCUGAUGUGUGAUAACGAGCAUCCGCCUAUUCAUCCAGAUCCUACUGUCAGUGCAAACUGCACACUUGAUGUUGACCUAAGUUCGGUGCCGAAGAACAUGUUUAUUGCACAAACGCGCCAGUCUGAUAAGGUGCAGUACCAGGUACUGAAUUUCAGACUUCUUAUCAAAGUCGAGAGCGCGAGAUUAGUGUUUACAUUUGAGUGUGGUGGCAAGGAAUACUCCUCAGUUUACCCAAAGUACUAA